ACACGGUGCGGGACACGUUCCUGAUCGACCCAGCUGUCAUCCUAAUUGUAGUGGGGGUGGUCAUGUUCUUCAUCACUUUCUGUGGCUGUGUUGGAGCCCUCCGAGAAAACAUUUGCCUCCUCAAAACAUUCUCCUUCAGUCUGACUUUGGUUUUCCUCACCCAGCUGGCCAUAGCGAUUCUGGGCUUUUUCUACGCAGACCAGACCCGUGAAGCCUUGGGAAGGUUUGUGAAGAAAAGCAUUGUGCACUACAGGGAUGACCUGGAUCUGCAGAACUUGAUGGAUUACAUUCAGAAAGAGGUGCGCUGCUCUGUUCCUCCAUGA